CUAUCCCAAGAUGCAGUGGUCGUUUUUGUUGGGGGAAGUAUUUUAAAGGCUUUGUUCUUAGUGUGAUACCGAAAUCCAAAGCACAGUUCCCUAGAGGGGCCUCGAGCUACUCGAACGAGUAGGCCUAAUAAAAAGAGUAGAAAAAAUGAGAUAACUCUGAACAUACGAUGAUACAGAAUAUGAAUAAAUCUAGAUCUAUAUUUACUUGAUAUUGUUGAUGUACACAUCUUUAUCAUGCAAGCAAAUUGUGCCAAUGGUACUGUGAAGGAUGGCACCAGUGAAAUCACAGAAUCUAUAUGGUGUGAGGAGUGUGGGGUGUGCAACAUUGGGGAGUGUUGUAUUCAUGGGGGUGACAUGACCAUCACUCAUGAUAACUCUCCCCCAUCUAAAGCCUGUCUUUCCCUCCCUAAAGUUUUAACCUUCAAACGAGCCAAGGAUAUCAACUUGUUCUCCAAUGAAGCCAAGAAAGGAGUGUUUGCCAAGAAACUGAUCAAAUCUCGAACGCUGUUUGGUCCGGUUGAAGGUGUGUUGACUAACUCAAGGCCAUCUCAACCCUCUGGGUCUCUGGAGUUUCAGGUGUCCAGUGUAGGUGGGGCUUGCAGGUACCUGGACCUGUCUGAUGAGAACAAAUGCAACUGGAUGAUGUUCGUCAGACCAGCUAGUCUCUUCUCUAACCAGAACAUGGCGGCUUUUGAAAACAACAGGCAGAUUUUUUUUGUCACCUGCAAGAAUAUUGAGCCAGGUGGAGAGUUGAGAGUUUGGUACUCCGCAGCUUAUGCCAAAGCCAUUGGUAAACAAAUACUGUAUCCCAAGGAGCCAAUCAACAAAGACAAGGCAGUGACACCAGCCAUAAACAGGAAUGGUGAGAUUAAGUCAGAAGGUCAAAGUUCACCAGGUCAGAGCCCUCCCUACCAGCUGACUAGUCCAGAGAAAAAUGUCUGCCUGCCCCAGCAGUUUGAGAAUGGCUGCCCACAAGCCAGCGAUCUGAAGCCAUACGUUUGUGACGUUUGCUUGACGGCAUUCACUCGCCCCCGCCAGCUGGACUCACACAUCUGCCGUCAGGCUACUGACGAGGAGGAGAGCUUGGACGGCUCAGACAGGAGACUCUUGCAGGCCAGGGGGGCCAACACGGCCUGGGCUGUCAGGGCCCAGCGGGGAACUUCACUUCACUUGGCUCGCAAGAGAAAGGGGAAGCCAUCCAAAAUCACAGAGCCGUUCAUCUCUCCGGUUAAAGUGGUGAAGAUACCGCAAGAAUUUUUGGAGUCUGAUCUGCACGGCUUGAAUGUUCCCUGCGAUGACAUCAUUCAUGACAUGAGGGACAUCCAGAGCAGCACAGAGUUAGCUUCCCUGCCUGCCCUCGACCAAGUUAUGCCCGGGGAUGGCACGGCCAUUCAAGCCUCACCCAGGCGUGGGCCAGGUCGGCCAAAGGGCAGCAAGAACAAGGAGCACGUGGUCAAGGUGCCAAAGGAAACGUUCAGGUGCAAGUUCUGUGACAGGACACUGUGCAGCCAGGAGCAGCUGCUGGUGCAUGAGAGCGUCCACACCAACGUCCAGCCUUACAACUGUACCUACGACGGCUGCAGCAAGACUUUUGCUUCCAAGUUCAAGUUCCAGAGACACAUGGUGGUCCAUGAGAAGCCCAACAACAUCAAGUGCAAGCUUUGUCCCAGGACUUUUAACCGCAUCGACCACCUGAAGAACCACCUGUCCGUGCAUGACAGCAACAGGGAGGCUUACACCUGCACAGUGUGUGGGAAGUCAUAUCUCUACAAGUCAACACUGACCUUUCACCUGGCCAAGCACGAGGCCAACGAGGGCGACUCCCUCACCUGCCUCAUCUGUAAGGCCAACUUCCUGUCUAAGGACGAGCUGAAGAAACACGUCAACUCCCACAACCGCUACAAGCCGGAGCCAUGCAAGCCCCCCAAGCAGAGCUGCAGUGAGUGUGGGAAAAAAUUUGCCACACUUAAGGAUGUCCGCAGACACAAGAUCACCCACACCAAGGAGAGACCUUUCUUGUGUGAGCACUGCCCCCAGACCUUUGUGCGCAGAGACCACCUGCGGCGCCACUACACCACCAACCACCGCAAGGAGAUGUAUGAGUCACAGAAGAAAGUCUGUCCCUACAGCUGCGCCGCCUGCCUCAUGGUCUUCAAGAAACAAGAGUUCCUGGACUACCACAACAAAACGGUUCACCCUGACGGAGUCCCAGUGGCCGAGCCAGUUAAGAUGGCUCCAGCCAAUACCAAGGCCAAGAAAGUGCUGACCGGCUCAGCCAAGCCAGCUGCGGGGCCGCUGGUCAACAGGCUGAUACAGCAGAAGCCCAGCCCCACAGCCCUGUUGGUCAAACAAGAGCAGGCCCUGCUGCCUGCUGCCUCACCAGUCAGCAUCCUCAAAGUUCAGCGGCCCAUCCAGCCCAACAUCCAGCCCAACAUCCAGCCCAACAUCCAGCCCAACAUCCAGCCCAACAUCCAGCCCAACAUCCAGACCAUGACCCCCAUCUUGUUCCCCAGCCAGUCCAUCAGCAGCACACAGAGCACGCUGUACGACACAGAGGACGUCAUCUACAGCACAGUGCCCAUCAAAACCUUCCCCCUCCAGAACCAGCUGCUCACCUCUGCACAAGUGCAAGCACACAUGCAGCAGCAGCAGGCGCAGCAGCACACACAGCAGCAGGCGCAGCAGUUCUUGAAGCAGCACCAGCUGCUCCAGAACCCGGGUCAACCCGUGCUGCAGGAUCAGGGUCAGACCCCGGUACAGAUCCAGCACUUCCAGCAGUUUGCCCUCCAACAGCAGCUGGUACAGCCGGUCAACCAGCUAGUCCAGCCGGUCAACCAGCUGUUCCAGACCAUCCCAGUCUCUGAGCUCUUGAACAGUCUGGCCAGCCUGGGUCAGGUUGACCAGACACUGGCCAGCACCAACAUCGUCAUCGCUGUGGACGGCCAGAACCUGCUCAACCUCCAGGGCCUCAACAAGCCUCUCCAGUGGACGCUGGUCAAGGACAGCACCAAGCAAGUCUACCAGCCUCUAGACAGCAAGACAGCAGACAGCUCUUUGCUCAGCUGUCACCCAGAGCCCUGCUACGGCACAGAGAGCAACUCUACUGUCCUGCAGGUCCUAACCCAGCUUCCCAAGUCCACAGACAUGACAUGUGUCAGUGACACGACCCCGUCAGUCAUGGGGCUCACUGGCACCAUCUUACAGAUGGACGAGAAGGAGUUGGCACAGAAUGACAGCAAUACAAACAUGGGCCAACAGCUGCAGGAUCAAUCCCAGCUACAGCAGUCCCAGCUACAGCAGUCACAGCUACAACAAUCACAGCUACAGCAGUCCCAACUACAACAAUCACAGCUACAGCAGUCCCAACUACAACAAUCACAGCUACAGCAGUCCCAGCUACAACAGUCCCAGCUUCAACAGUCACAGCUACAACAGUCCCAGCUACAACAAUCACAGCUACAGCAGUCCCAACUACAACAAUCACAGCUACAGCAGUCCCAACUACAACAAUCACAGCUACAGCAGUCCCAACUACAACAAUCACAGCUACAGCAGUCCCAACUACAACAAUCACAGCUACAGCAGUCCCAACUACAACAAUCACAGCUACAACAAUCCCAGCUACAUGCCCAGCUGCAGGAGAAAGUAGAGCAGGAAUUGCCCAGCUUCACCCUGGCUUGGGCAGACAACUUUGACUUCCCUCAGGUGGCGGAGAUGACGUCAGAUGUCACGUCUGCUGCUCAAGAGGAUGGGUCAAACACUGGGACGGCUGGCUGGAUCCUACAGAUCCCUCCUGCUGUCUUGGACAACCAAACCCAGGCAGGCCUGUCAGACAGGUGAACAGCCUGUCUGGUGAGCAGCCUGUCAGGCAGGUGAGCAGCCUGUCAGGCAGGUGAACAGCCUGUCAGGCAGGUGAACAGCCUGUCAGGCAGGUGAGCAGCCUGUCUGUCAGGUGAGCAGCCUGUCAGGGCCUGUCAAACAGUUGUUUUACUCUGUUUUAGUCUGGUCUGUUGAAAGUCUGCCAUAUAAAACUAAGACAGACAUCUGUUGAUUCCAAUCUGUUUUAACCAAGUCUUUCAGUGAAGAAAUGCCAGUUCAUUGUGAACAGUUGAUGCACAGCCUAUGUCAGUAUUGUAAGCAUUAAACUGGAUGAUUUCUGCUUG